GACGAGGCGCGCUCGCCGCGCAGCGCCCCAACGCGGCCACGCUGGCUCGUUCGCGAGAAAGCGGCGCAGCGGCACAGCGUUGGGAAUAAGGCGUGCCCCCGUUGGCGAAGCGUGCAGCCAGCCAGACCGGAGAGGACAGUUUGUGCUCCCCGAGCGCGGGAAGAGAGUCUGCGACGAGCCGCCCGGAGUCCGAGCCAUGGCGUACGACACCGACUCGCUCCGACGGCUUGUCGGCAGCGGUGCACGUGGCUCGAGCGGCGCUGUGUCGCCGGGAAACGGUAGGAACGCAACCAGCGUACGUCGAGAGCCGCCGCUGCUUCACCCAAAGCCCAGGUUGCCGCUUGCCAAGGUGACCGCGUGUUUCGUGUGUCUCGUGGGUGUGGUCGCAUCGUUCGAGGACGGCACCGCGUCGCCGGCGGUGCCCAAUCUGUGCAACCUGGCUCAAGAGCAGCCCAUGUACUGUCGCUGCUCUUCCGAACACUUCGAGGCGGACACCACGGGCGUCGUGUGCUACGUGGGGAAGCCGCUCACCGGAGGUCACGCCGUGUUCCAGGCGUUGCGGCGCCAGAAAGCGCUCGUCUCCGUUACGUUCACCGUGUACGGCGAGGACUAUCGGCUCGACUUCGUCCCCACCGACUCGCUCCGGCAGUUGGGCCGACUCGAAAGACUACGUUUCACGGACUGCAACCUGGGCGUGCUUCACACGAGGGCUUUCUACAAGCUGUCCACGCUCACUCUGCUGCAGCUGGAGGGCAACGACAUCAUUGACCUGCAGCCAGAGGCCAUAGCGCACCUGCCGAGGCUCGAAAAGCUCGAGCUUGGCGAGAACAAGCUGAGGCACGUGAAGGCCGGCUGGUUCUCGCGGCUUCCUUCGCUCAUCGCCCUCUUCUUGGGCAAGAACCAGAUCGAGUACGUCGAGGAUCUGGCUUUCGCGGAGCUGGAGGCCCUCCGAGAACUCGAGCUCGGGGACAAUUUCAUACACGAGGUGACCAACCGGACGUUUAAAGGCCUCGCCCAGCUCACGAGGCUCGACCUGUACCGCAACAAGCUGACGCGGCUUGAUGCCGGCAUAUUCGUCAGCAUGCCUCUCCUGGAAGAGCUGGACCUCAAGCUGAACCAAAUCUCCGUUAUCGAUCCGCUGGCGUUCGACGGACUGGCUCGCCUGAGGCUCAUCUAUCUGGCUAGCAACCAGCUGCGCAUACUGCCCGCCGAUAUGUUCGUGGGCGCACCCAACCUGAAUCUCGUGGACCUGGAGCAGAAUAAGUUGGUCACUCUCACGUGGAGGACCAUACACAACCUCAAGUACCUGGAGGACGGUGAGGAUUUCACGAUGGGCCUCACGGGCAACCAGAUGGCCUGCGACUGCCGCUUGGCGUGGAUUCUGCGCAUCGAGAACGCGACGCAGAGCGAGAAGUUCCGCCGCGAGCUGCGCCACGUCAGUUGCGUGUUCAGUGACCCGGCGCGGGGCAAAAGUAAGGUGACGCGCCUGAGCAUGGAGGACUUGGGUUGUCCGGACAAACGAGAACCGUUUCCGCCCACUCCUCCUCACACGAUUUCACCUCCGGAAGAGGAGUCAACCAGCCACGCAUACGAAGGCAAAACGAAACGACCCUCGGUCACGGAGAAAAAGAAAGACAGCUCCGCAAAGCCCAAGUCGACAACAACCGAGGACAAUCCGGCGUCGUCGGCACCGCGCUUGCUAUCUGCCCUGUUUACGCUCAUCAUUUCAGCCGUGCUGUGUUGUGGCCGAACAUUUUCAACUCGCACGCUCUGAGCUCGUGAUUUACGUGUUCAGUGGGCUACUAGAAAAAGACAGCCGCGUGCGAGACGUGUCGGGGGUGUUCCCUAUAGAUGCUUGCGUUUCCUGCUCUCGAGCUUCGAUAAACUGCAGCGAGUGACGCUUUAGAGCUGCUCUUGGAGACACUGGCACGGGGAAUGAGGAUUCAUUUUUCAGCCGCCAUGAAAAUGUGUGUUUCGAGCGUUUCUGUAGUGACGUUUAUGUUGAGAAAUUACUGCUACUUUCACUUUUGGCGUAUUCACGUCAUUUGUUACAGCUAUUCGCUCCUUCAAUUGAACGGGAGGUGCGAAAUUUUCGAAUGUCUUUGGAGAAUACGGGACUUGGAUUGAUUUCUCGGCUCGAUGAGCGCCGCGCAUAGCCUCAUCCGUCACGCAGUACGAGUCGCGCGAAUACCGCGUGUGAGCCGCAUGUAGAUUUCACGCGCAUGUCUUCUACUCGGCAGUAACUGCCAACCAUCUUUUAAGCACUGCCAAACGCCACAGGCUCACAUGACUGUAAUAGAGAACGAAGCUCAGAAAACCUUAGAAAAAAAAGAAAAAAAAAACUCCAUUAGUAGAGCGGCGCACGAAGUCCUGCCAAGGUUGUGGGUUAGGCUCCCAACGGUUACAAUGGUUUCCUCCACAACCGUCGCCCACAUAUUUUUUUUUCUUUUUCAAAAGUAAAUAUCUUUCCUUGCAUCGUUCGCACGUUUUUGUUCUCGCUGGCACGACUUUCUCCACUUGUGCAGAUGCGCCGAACUCGAACGCUCUUGAGACACGUGGCCUAUGAAUGCUGCAAUCGGCGACGGCUCCAUGACUUGUACAGCGCGACUGAACGCGGACACGGAGAACGCACACACUCACACGCUUCCCUGUGCGCCAUACCUUAUACAAUUUUAAUAAGAACAAUAACAUAUCACAGUUAAAAAAAAAGAAAACUCUUCGUUUAAUUCAUUCGAAUGGCACAUUAUUCUUUUUUCUUUCAAUAAAAGACCACUGUCGAUUGUAUAAUCACAUAUCAUGAUUGCAAGAAGCAUUUAUGUUAAUCUGCCUGUGCUGGUGACUUCGUGUAGACAGGUCUCGUGAAAGGCGAUUCAAGCCUUGCAACGCACAUUAUAGAAGUAAGUUCGUCAUUUUUACCGCUAACUGUAUGAGACAUUCGAAGGGAAGUUCUGCGGUUAACUCCCUCAGAUCGAUAAAUUUACCAAAGACGUAAAAUACCUUCGGCCCUUCCGGCUUCCGCCGCUCCGAGGCAUCCAGACGUUUUUGCGUGCGGAUGUCUGUCUGCGUAGGCACCCAAGCGGCUUGCGUACCGAGCUCCUGCUUUACACAAGAGCUUGGUACGCAAGCCGCUUGGGGGCCUCGGCUCUCUAUUAUCGGAUAAGUGCUCGGUCUCCCUACGUGGAAACCGAGUGGUUAGCUAUAUGAAACCCUGUGUGCCAUGCUGUGCUGUUUUUUUUUUAUAUACUACACGGAAGAGAAGAUCCAGAACGCUUACUUCCGUUGUUAGCGUAUAUUCCGAGAACAUCCGCGAUACGGGCUCGUCGUUGUUCUCGAGGAAGUGUGCAUCCUAAGAAACCUCUGAAAAUACAAAGGACGAGCGCGUCAUUCUGUCCUGGCGGUGCAAUUCAUGACGCCAGCAGUCUGCUCACGUGACGUCAUGAGGAAAUAAGCUCUGGAUUGGUCCAUAUACGAUGGGGACAUAAGUUGUGAAUUGUCUCCUGCCCUGCUUUGCCAUGCAGUCGCACGCCCGUCCUGCCUUGUCUCGCAUGACUAUCAUGCGCGACCAACUGAUUUCACUUUAUUUUGUGCGUUUUCGACUGCGCAAGCGGAGAUAACAACGUGUGUCCGAAAAGCGCGAAAUCCUGGUGAAUGAAGCGCGUAGUGCUGACAUUGCCCACGUGCUUUGCGAAGAAAUAAGUGGCGAGGAGGAGAUGGCGCCUGUAGGAAGCAAGGGUGCUGGAGACGAAGAAGAAACCACUCGCUCGUCUUUGAACUCGGAGUGGUUUAGAGGGCCUAUAAAAUAGUCUAUCUGGAUAGUCAACAUCGAAACGUGGACAACACUGAAGAAAAGCGCCUGGGUUUGUCUGUUCUUUAGUGUCGUCCACGUUACGACGUGAGCUGCCUCGCCCACCGACGCUAUGGUCAUUUCCCUACACAAAAACUGAUUUGCCGCAUUUUUAACGGUGCGCAUCACGGUGAUAUCACAAAACACUCGAUGCCGAAUAUUGCCAUGCAAUAAAAACGUCUAUAUUUGUGUCCAA